AUGGAAGCGGCCUCCGCGCGGUACGCUGCAAGAGACCGCUUUGGACCCUUCGGCGAAGCUGCUCAGACCCCACUACAGCGCUACAUUCAAAACGCAGUCGACCCUCAGCAAAACUAUGAGCCAAACCUAGCGCUAAGUCUCGAGAUUGCAGACCUCAUCAACUCGAAGAAAGGCAGCGCCCCUCGCGAAGCCUCCGUGGCUAUCGUCAACCAUGUCAACCACAGAAACGCCAAUAUUUCAUUGCUUGCCCUCUCCCUACUCGACAUAUGCGUUAAAAAUUGCGGAUACCCAUUUCACCUACAAAUCAGCACGAAAGAGUUCCUAAAUGAAUUGGUAAGGCGGUUUCCAGAAAGGCCGCCGAUACGCCCAUCGAGAGUCCAGUCAAGAAUAUUGGAGCUCAUAGAAGAAUGGAGGCAGACCAUAUGCCAGACUUCACGCUACAAAGAAGAUCUAGGGUUUAUCAGAGAUAUGCACCGCCUCCUGAGCUUCAAAGGCUACAUGUUUCCAGAGGUACGACGGGAAGAUGCUGCUGUGCUCAAUCGCAGCGAGAAUCUUCAAUCAGCCGAGGAGAUGGAGGAAGAAGAGAAAGCUGCGCAGUCUGCCAAACUACAGGAGCUGAUCAGGCGAGGUGGGCCACAAGAUCUCCAGGAAGCCAACCGCUUAAUGAAGGUCAUGGCGGGUUUUGACACAAGACAUAAAACAGACUACCGGGCAAAAGCAGCUGAAGAAGUGAGCAGGGUUCAACAGAAAGCAAGAUUACUGGAGGAACGACUUCAGAAUUUCAAGCCAGGAGACAAGGUGGUCGAGGGUGAUGUUUUCGAGGUGGGUCCCAUCAUUCUGCCACGCUUUUCUUUUUCUAAGACAGGUCAGGAACUGGUAAGCGCACUGCAAAGUGCCCAUCCGAAAAUCCAGAGGAUGUGCGAGGAGGAGUCUGACGACGCGGAAGCUGUCGCCAAGCUGCUUGAAAUCAAUGAUAGCAUUCACAGAACCAUCGAGAGAUACAAACUGGUGAAGCAAGGCGACUUGGAAGCAGCCUCGAAGAUCCCGAAAGGUACUCUGGGAACUUCUACUGGAGUCACCAAAACUGGUGACAACGAGCUCUCGCUCAUAGAUUUCAGUGGUGAAGCUGAGUCUCAGGGUGACGCAAAUGGCAACACAGAUGCAACAGGUGGGCAAAGAGCGACGUCUGUCGAGGAUGACCUACUCGGGCUAUCAAUCCAAAAUCAAGAUUAUGGCCAGUCAGGUGGCAUUGCUCUCGGAUUUGGGGCUAACACCAACAUACCAGGACCGUCACUAUUGUCAAGUACAACCCAGGGCAAUUCCGCCAGAGCCCCAUCAGAUCAGCCUCCCGCAUAUCAACAACCAACUCUUUCACAUCCCAAACCAAAUUAUGACCCUUUCUCGUCAGUCAAUUCUUCCUCGCGCCAUGCGUCCGGCACAUCGACACCUGCUGGAUUCUCGUCCUUUCAGAGUCAAUUUCAACAACCUCCAAAGUCAACCCAAACAGCGCCUGAUCCUUUUGCGUCUCUCUCGUCUCCACAGCCGUCCCAGUCCGUCCAACCAUCUCAGAUACCCCAAGCCAGCGCCUCUGCUUCGUUAUUCGACUUCUCCUCAUCAUCCACUCAGCCAACGCCUAAACCUCCCGCGUCCACGCAGAAAACGAAUGUUGCAGUGACUAAGGGUUUGACCCUCAAGCUGACGCCUCAAUCCGGGCGAAAUCUGUUACCGAGCCAAAAAGACGGCAUUACGCAACCAAUCGUGGUAAAUGGUGUACAGAAGGGUCAAGCGAAUGGUGUCAAGAUGAGGUGGAAGGCCUCGUACCGGAUGCAAGGCGAGCCGAGGCAAGAACAGGGCGAGGUGCCACCGCUGGGAAUAGAGUAG